UUCACCUCUAGAAGUACAAUUACAAUUGACAAUGGUAGAUGAGAGCUAGAUACUGUACCUAAGUCCUCAAAAAUUCACGUGUCUAAUCCAAUCAAAUUCCACCACCUGGUCACCAUCCACCUCAUCUUACCUUGCGAACUCCGCGAUUCAGUUUCUCUGUAAUAAAAUCAAAACCCCUAAACUCCGUUUCUGUCUCUUUGUUUUCACAAAGAUUGAUAAUGGGUAUAUUACAAGCUUGUGUUGUUGUUGUAGUAGUAACGGUUUUGGGGUUAUCGGCUUGUUCAGAAUCUAUUCGGUUUGAGCUUCAAUCGGCGCAGACCAAAUGCAUAGCGGAGGAUAUCAAAAGCAAUUCGAUGACUGUUGGCAAGUAUAACAUCGUUAACCCUAAUGAUGGCCAUCCUUUGCCUGAGUCGCACAAGCUUACUGUUAGGGUUACAUCGAGUUCUGGAAAUAGUUAUCACUACGCAGACCAUGUGGAAUCGGGGCAGUUUGCAUUUACGGCGGCGGAGGCUGGAGAUUACAUGGCAUGUUUCUUUGCGGCGGAUCAUAAGCCCGAAGUUACGUUGACUGUAGAUUUUGAUUGGAAAACUGGCGUGGCUGCUAAAGAUUGGAGUAAUGUUGCCAAGAAAGGUUCCAUUGAUGUAAUGGAAUUAGAGCUGAAGAAGCUGUAUGAUACUGUUACUUCCAUUCAGGAGGAGAUGUAUUAUCUUCGUGAAAGGGAAGAAGCAAUGCAAGAGCUGAACCGAGCUACUAACUCAAGAAUGGGUUGGUUCAGUUUACUCUCUCUUCUUAUUUGUUUAUCAGUGGCAGGAUUGCAAGUAUGGCACUUGAAGACCUUUUUCGAGAAAAAGAAGCUCAUUUAAUUAUAAUUUGAACAGACGAAUACAAUUUUCUUUUUUUUCUCUGAUUGUAAAAUGCUCUCUACAAAUGAUAUACUUUCUGAAGAAUAUUUUAGACUAAUUUGGGAUUUUUGUAACUUCUCAUGCAGUUUAUAUUCUGAUAGUGUAUGUUUGCCUA